AUUGAGAGAGAGAGAGGUAGAUGUCAGUCGUGCCGAGUUGUGUGUUAAGGAGAUAGACCCAGGGCACUAGCUGAUGUUGAGAGGGAUGUGACUGUAUUACCUGAGAUUUGUGUUGGAUAGUGGAAGGAUACCAUGACUUUUUCUACAGCUGUCUUCAUCUGAAACUUUGGCGCAUAUGAUGGCAGCCCUGCCAGAUCCCGUCCCCAUCAUGGCUGACAACAUAUCUACAGUGCGGCCAGUUAGCAUGCCCGUUGUUCGUCAGAUCGACCGAGAACUGCUGAGUUGUGGAAUCUGUCUCGAGAGAUAUAAAAAUCCCAAAGUCCUUCCAUGUUUGCAUACAUUCUGCGAAAAGUGUCUCAGUGAUUACAUUCCCCCCGAGAGCCUCUCUUUGACUUGUCCAAUAUGUCGCCAACAGUCCAUACUCCCUCUAGAUGGGGUCAUUGCGCUUCAGACCAACUUCUUCAUCACCAACUUAAUGGAUGUAGUGGGUAUGCCCAACGUGUGUAUGACAUGUGGGGAAGCAAAUGCUAGGCCUGUAUCCAAGUGUUUAGAUUGUGAAGAAUAUUUGUGUGAGAACUGUGUCCUUUGUCAUUACGGUAUGGAGUCCGAAAUGAACCACACGGUCGUGAGUUUGGAUGAACUGUCUGGCCCAGCUGACAGUGAUGAGCCACAGCUGGUAUGUCCAAAUCAUGACGGAAACGCUUUACCUUACUACUGCAUCGAGUGUGAAACUGCCGUGUGCGAAGACUGCACGCGUGUCGAACAUAUCGGUCACAAACACAUCUCGUUACAGGAGGCUAUCCAGGACCACAAGAACAGCCUUCAGUCACUCAUCUCUCAAGCUCGUUCACAAAUCCCCAAGAUUGAACAUUCCAUAACCUUAGUCACAGAAGUCUCUGAAGCUCUGGAGAGCAGAUCCCGACGGACAGAAGAUCGGAUAACAUUAGCAUUUGAUGAGUUGUCUCGUCUGUUGAAUGAACGAAAGUCAACCCUGUUGUUGGAACUCGGGAAGGUCUACAGCACAAAGCAACAGACACUACUGGAGCAGCGGGAAACGGUGGAGAGCAUCUUGGCUCGGAUUAACAACUGCUGUGAUUUCACAGAGGAGACUCUUCAGAAUGGGAAUGAAACAGAGAUCCUUCUGGUGAAGAAAGAGAUGUGUGAGAAGCUUCAGGAACUGGCCAACCUUCAGGUUCAGUUUCAGCCCGAGGAAAAUGAGUUCCUGUCUUUCGAUGAAAGCUGUUUCCAUGCAGUUGGAAAGACCUUCUCUAACCUUGGUGCUAUCCAGACAAACAGUGCAAUAGCCUUUGAAACAACAGCAUCGGGUGAAGGGUUGAAGCAGUGUUAUGCUGGUAGGCCUACUGUCAUCACAGUUACAACUAAGGAUAGAAAGGGCGACCUGAUCACUAUCGGGUUUGCCAAAGUUCUUGUUGAGAUCACUAGUCUGGAUACUCAGGAUAAGAUGGUGCCAACCAUUACUGAUCACAGAAACGGAACAUAUGAUUUGACUUUUACCAUCAAGAGAGAAGGACAGUAUAGUCUAGAUAUUAUGCUGUUUAACCAGCAUGUGAAGGGAUCUCCAUUCAAGAUACGUUGUACCCUGGGGAGUGAGGAAUCGGACCAACUAGGAAGCUCCUCAAAGAUCCCCAGGACUAGUGUUGUGAAACAAAAAGGAACAAAGCGGCCAUCAAGUUCAAGGUCACAUGGGUCCAAUCGCCGUAGCAACCUAAUUGAAGAUGACCUUCUUUUCAAGGUCGGAAGUAAAGGUCGAAACAAAGGCGAGUUUACAAAUCCUCAGGGAGUGUGUUGUGCUGAAGGAAAGAUUCUUGUUGCCGAUAGCAACAAUCAGGUUGUGCAGGUAUUCUCCAAUAAAGGGGAGUGCCAGCUGAGGUAUGGGUCCCCUGGUAGAGUGGCAGGGAAGAUGCAGAGGCCAACUGGUCUGGCUCUGACCAAGAAUGGCAACUAUCUGGUCGCUGACUAUGAUAACAAAUGGGUGAGUGUCUUUACCCCCGAUGGCAAGUACAUCAACAAGUUGGGUACUGGGAAGUUGUUAGGACCAAAGGGUCUUGCUGUGGACAAUAAUGGCCACAUUAUUGUUGUGGACAAUAAGGCCAGUACUGUUUUUGUCUUUCAAUGCAACGGGAAGCUGCUGCACAAGUUUGGAUCCCGAGGAAAUGAUGAGUGUCAGUUUGCAGGUCCCCAUUACGUUGCUGUCAACAACAACAACGACAUCAUCAUCUCUGACUUCCACAACCACUGCAUCAAAGUGUUUGAUUCAGAAGGAUCUUUCUUGUUCAGUUUUGGUUCCAAUGGGGAGGGCAAUGGCCAGUUCAAUGCCCCCACCGGUGUAGCUGUUGAUGGAAAUGGGAACAUCCUCGUCGCAGACUGGGGCAACUCUAGAAUACAGGUAUUUGACAGCUGUGGUUCCUUCCUGUCCUAUGUGAACACCUCAGCCGACCCGUUGUAUGGUCCCCAGGGUCUCGACAUCACCAGCGAUGGCCAGGUCGUUGUCGCCGACUCUGGCAACCAUUGUAUCAAGCUGUACAAGUACCUCCAGUAGAUGGCCAGGUCGAUAAACCUGGUUCAGGGCCAGACUAUCAUAGAUCUGAUAAAACCACAGUAGGGAUGCUCUCAACUAACACAUUCAGCACCAGGCUCAGAAGAUGUGGUUACCAAAGUCUGGUUACCAUUGUCUUGACAUCACCAGCGAUGGGCAGGUGGUUGUUGCCGAUUCUGGAAAGCAUUGUAUCAACCAGAUGCCCUGACCAGCAAGACCUGGUUCAGGGCAACGAUCUAACAAAACUACAGUAGGGAAACCCUUGCUUUACAGCACAUUCAGUACCAGACUCUGGGAACAGGUCAGAGGUUACAAGAUUGAAAGCAUUCUGCACCAGACUAUGACAUAUUCCCAAGCCUACGAGAACUAGUUCAUUGCCAGACCUAGUAACCAUGACAUCCAGGUCUAUCAAGUAAUGUCAUACACAGCUGAUACAACUCAAAUACAACAAGACUUUCCCAUAUGCUUAGCCACUGUAGCCUGAGCAUGCAGUACUCUCCAAUGCUUGAUGCCACUGUGGAUCAGACUGAGCUACAUCAAGGAUCCCGAUGUCCAAUGUCCAGUGCCAGACUGCAGUAUAUAUGAAAGGCCUGAAUGACAAUCCAAUAUGAUCUGCCAGACCACAGAAACAGUGUUGUCUGGCCAACCAAGAUGUCCCAAGUUCAGUACAAGACACAGUUUGCAUCAGUGAACUAUAGGUUGUGGUCAGCUUUCUGAAUUAUAUUGCUGCUCAUGCUGAAGAAUGAAGUGAUGUGGAUGUUCUUCAAUGGACAUAUUUCUCUGUGGAUGUCUGGUCUUAGGGAACUUGCUGGUAUCAUAGGAAUCAGAACAGACUGCUUUAGGUCAGCUGAAUGGAUACAAGGGUGUAGAUGUAUGUCACUUAUCUGUGCAUCACAAAACUUGGUGCCACCAUAUGGCUGAACUGAGAGAUCCAUAGCAAAAUGAAGUGAUAUGCAUGUUAUGAACAAGAACCGUGAUCUGGUUCCCUUGAAGAUGGAAUGCAGCCAUGACAAGGGUCAAGUUGUAAUGGAUAUAUCCAUCUGGAUAUACUAUCAAGAUAUGUAUCAUAUCACUACCAUGUGUAUACUAUAGUCUUAGAAUGUGGGAUGUGUAUCUAUGAGGGAUGACAAUAUUCCGUUCUUGAACAUCAUUUUCAGUUAAACUUGCAUCUGUGCAACCUAGGAUGUCGACAUUGUCAGUCGGAUGUCUUUCUGAACUUGAUAGAAUUGCUCUUCCUGAAGGAUGAGCUUCAGAAAUGCCGAGUUCUGAAAUACAAGUCCUUUUCUCUGAACAUGGAGACUUUAGUGUUUAUGUGAGUUGUGAUAAAACUGUAGAUGAAGAUUCAUAUAUGGACCAAUCCAGACCCAACACCACACACUGUUUUGAGUGAACUGACUGACAUGUGUGAUGCAUUACUGGCCAGGACUGUGACUAGAAUGUUGUCAGACAUGAUUCAUAUCAUCCUUCUCAUAGGAUUUUGAGAGUCUUGUUCCACUGAAUGAUUUCAUUGAGCCAGACAUAUCCGAGACAAGAAAUUGGCAUAGCCCUGCUUUGAGAAACAAGGUCACAUGUCUGCUCUUCACCAGCAGAUAUACGGUUGUGCAGACUUUCUCAUCACCAGAACCUGAAAUCUCAUCUGCCCCAGAGAUUCUAGGAUGACUAGAGCAACCAGAUCCAUGAUGUUUUUGUAUCUUUCUCGGGAGAGUGCAGCAGCUCUCUCUAAACACUCAGAUGUACCAGGAACAACUGUAGGAUCUCUUUGGGAACAAUGGAGAUCUCCUUAAGAACACAGUAGGAUCUCCAUGAGAACACUGCAAAUAUUCUGGGAACACUGUAGGAUCUUGAAAACACUGCAAAUAUACCUGGAACACUGUAGGAUCUCCUUGAGAACACUGCAAAUAUCCUCAGGACACUGCAGAUCUGCUUUAAAGCACUUUAAAAUCUCCCAAGAAAGCAUAGGAUAUCUUUGGGACUUCUGCCAAUGCAGCCUGGAAACAUUGUUCGAUCUACUGGAACACACCCACCUCUUCAUGAACAUAUAUUCCGUUGUUUGUACCUAGAACCUCUGUGAUCUACAGCUGCCUUGUAGGCAUACAGCCUACAGACCAAUUAAACAGUGGUAUGACAUUAUAUAAUAUUUGCAGAAAAACUUAUUUUCUGUGAAUAUGACAGGUUCACUAGCAUCAGGACAGUACAUCUUACGGUGGAAACUAAGAUCUCAAUUCUGCAUCUGUAGAAAUCUUACUUCGACCUCAUAGACUUAGUGACUGGGACCACAUCUUUAAUCAGACCUCAGUUCCACGCAGCGAUAUUUGUACUGGGAUGAUCGUAGCACCAUAUUUAAAAGUAGACUGAUGGCAAUCCACAUACUGCUAAGAUUUCUUUUUGGGGAGAACAAAAACUGUCUUCUUGGGGCUGGGCCUUGGAUGCUGUUCCACAAAACAAUCUUUAUUCCAAGGUGAUCCAUCCAAGUUGAUCUAGUCAUAAGGCAGUCUUAUCACUGUUGUGGAAUGGAAUCAAAGUGAAACAAAAAGUUUCCGUUUGUUUCAUUGUAACUUUUCUUAUAGCAAAACCAGAGAACAAGUCACUUAAUGUUUCUUUGAAAAAUGACAUUUCUUUAAAUUACAUUCUGUACAUUUGUACAUCAUCAGGGCCCUAUUGUAUACCAAUAAGGCCCAUGAUGAGCAUUUUAAAUUUAAGAUAAGCUACAUUCAGUGUAAGCGCCAGUGUCUAUGUAACAUCACUGUGCUAAAGUUUAAUUGUUACUUCUUGAACAGGGUGCCGUUGUACAAAGGGACCUUAGGGCUAAGGUGAUCGUAAGUCCCAUUCCUUAACACAGACUUACGACUGUUGUAGCACUAAGGUUGUUUUGUACAGGCACCCUGUUGGUGAUUUCCGCCUUGACCUGUUGCAGCCUAAAGCAAAGUGUGUGAUGCAAUUUCUUCCCAUCCGCAGCAAAUAAUGAUAUUAUUGUACACCUUUAUUGUACUUUGUACAUGCAUCGUUGUACAUUGCAUACAUUAAUUCAUGUACCUUGUAUACAAGCGUUGAUGUACAUUGUGUAUAUGCAUUGUUGUACAUUGUAUACAUGCAUUGUUGUGUCAGCAAGUGUGCAUAUGUUGAGAUAUCCUUUCAGUGUUUUUGCAAUACCUAAAGCUAUCAUUGAUACUGAUGUUGUAACUAUGACACUAUCCUGAGCAAAUGUGUGUGUAAAUGGACAAAAAUGAAAAAAAAAGAACUCUGAUUUUGUAGUUUUGCCUAACAGUUUUGUACACCAUUACAUGAGACACCCACAGACAUCAUGUGACUUCUCACAGCUUUCAACCGCGGUUUAUGAUGCAGUGGAUGAAUGGGAAAAGGGAGAUAACUCUGUAUUAAAUCUGAACCCAUACCUCUGAUAACACAUCAAAUAUGUAUCUAGGAGGUUGCUAGGCAGGACGUAUUCAAAAUAACAUCUUGUUAUGAAUAAACAAUGUUACAAACCAGAUUUCAUCAGAUUAGAUCUGUGAUUGUGAUUAUACACCAGUCUCACUUUCAAAUGGUUGUGUGAAGGAUGCUACCAUAAAGAAUACAACAAUA